AUGAUGCGUAAAUCCAGCGAACUAAAUUUGGUUCGCAAACUAGAGGUUUAUGGUGACUAUGCAAUUUCUGCAAACAAUGACGAUACGAGCCAAAGUCAUCGUAAGACUGGUGUGAAAUCUUGCCCGCUACGAUACUGCUAUAGGAUGAUGGAUUAUUGA